GUAGACUGAAGUCACGUGACUAAUAUGGUGGCUAUAGUGCUGUGACUUUCGAUAAGUUAACAUUUACGAACGUUGAAGGCAUAAUUAUUUCAAGAUGGGAAGGAGAUCUAUUAAUACCACGAAAAGUGGGAAGUAUAUGAAUCCCACCGACCAGUUCCGGAAGGAGGCUAGAAAAAGAGAAUUGAAAAAGAACAAAAAACAACGUAUGAUGGUGAGACAAGCUGUUUUGAAAGGAAAAGACCCACUGAAAUUGCUUCAGGAAAUGGAAAGCAUUGACAGAAUGGAAUACAAUCCCCUUGAACCACCAAGACUUAACGAAAAAGUUCUUCGAGAUAAGAGGAAGAAACUUCGGGAAACUUUUGAUCGAGUCUUCAGACUGUAUGAAAAAGAAAAGCCUGAAUAUGCGAUAGAACUUAAAAAAGCUGAAGCAGAAUAUGAAAAAACAAGGCAGAAGCUGAUACAAUAUUUUGAACAAGUAAGAAAUGCUGAGCGAGUACAGUUGGACCAGAUUCCUCUGCCAGAUGCUCCUGUUGAUCAUACUGUUCCUUCUAUGAUACCUCUUCCAAAUGAAAUUCCACUACCUGCACUGGGAAGUUUUGCAGAACUUAUGCCUCCCAGUAUUUUAAAGAAGAGAUCUGCAUAUGAGAGUGUGGAGGUCAUAGGACCUGUUCUUCCAAAAGAGUUGGCGAGGAGGAGGAAACCUCCAGGUCCACCUCCUGGCUCCCCACCACCUCUGAGUGACAGUGAUGAAGAAUAUGAUCCUGCAAAAGACAUUGAAGAAAGUCUUGGAGUAAAUUUGGAUGAGGUUCACCAUCCAGAUGAUCUAGCUGUGCAGAUUGGCCUUCUGGAAAAAUCAAGCGAACCACCUGCCAAAGUACGCAAAAUUCGCUUUCAGGAUGAUGAUAGAGUGGAUAAAGAGCCAGAAGAGAAAGACACCAGACUGAAACUUCCCAAGAAAAAGAAAGAAAAAAGAACAGGAGGAGUGUCGGCCUUACAAGCGCGCAUGUUGCAGAUGGCUGGUCAGGAGGUACCACAAGGGCUAGCAUCUGACUCUAGCAGCAGUGAUGAAGAGGAGGAAGAUAUAGAGAAGAAGCAGUCAGAUGAGCUGAAAAUGCGCAUGGAUGAGAUAGCCCGUCUUGAUGAUGGACCACCAGGAACAGACAAAGAUGAAGAAAGUACAAGUGAGAAGACAAACGAGCCAUUAACAGUACCCACUAAGCUGAUGGUACCAGGUCCACCUCCCGGAGCACCUCCAGGGCUUCCUCCUGGCCUACCUCCAGGUCCACCACCUGGUGCUCCACCCAUGUUUCUGCGUCCACCCAUGCUACCUGGCGGCCUACCUCCGAGACUUCUACCACCUGGGCCACCGCCUGGUCGUCCACAAGGUCUGCCUCCAGGUCCUCCCCCUGGCUUACCUCCAAGUCUUCGUGGCGUGCCACCACGCAUUCCUCCCACUCCUACAGGUGUACCACCUCCACGCCUCCUACGGCCUCCUGGAGCUCUCCCAAAUGUGCCCCCACCUGGCUUGCCUGGAAUGAUUGCAAUGGCAGCUGGCAAUCCCAAUGUGCUAAGUGCUCCACCAAGCAUUAUGAAGCCGCCUUUGCGUGCACAUGCUGAAGAGGACAAGAAAAGCUCAGCCACCAUAGUGGCAAAGCCAAAGAUCAAGACUACCAUAGGAGAUGUGACAAGGUUCACACCAACAGCUGUCAAAAUCAAACGUGCAGCUCAGCAGAAGGGACGUUUAAAGCCAGCAGGCAAAGUAGAAGUGGCAUCAUCACUCAAUGUGGCUGCCAAACCGGCCCCUGCACCAGCAACACAAUCACUAACCAAGGACGAUGCCUAUGAACAGUUCAUGAAGGAAAUGGCAGGCCUGAUCUGAUGUAGGCAAUGUAGUUGUUCAGCAAUGUCCCUUCAGGUGUUACAACAUGAAUUCUAACACGUUUUCUUCUGAUAUGGCUUACAUAUAUAAAUUUGACAAAGUUAGCCUCAAACUGUUUUCCGCUGCUUUGUUUCCCCUAAUGUGUUCACCACAUUAGUAGGAGAUUUGAUGAGCCUGUAGUUUUUUGGUGGGUUUUCGCUUGCUGUGCAGCACAAAAGAAGGGGAGACAAGUUGUGUUUCAGGUCAGCAGUUGCAUGUGGAGGCUGAUGGGUGGGGGAAAUCACAUUUUUGUUCUCUUCUCGGUUUAAAAAUUUUUUUUUUUGUCAUUUAAUAAUAUUUGAAGGUGGAUUAAGGAUAGCUUCACUGCAGAAUACAAAUAUCCAGAUUUGGGGAGGUGAGGGGGUAAUAAAACAAACCGCAGCCACCAUAUUGUUUGGCAGCCUUUGGUGACAAUCUGUGCUGUUUCCUUAAAAUGAUAAAAUAUUUUGUCAGAUUUUUCUGAAAGUAAAUUAGUGGACUAGACUGUUAAACAAGUGUGUUUGUAGUAAACUGAGUAACUACACAGUGUGAAAGAGCUUUAAGCUCUCUCUUGCAGUCUUCGGUGCAUGUGCUUUUCAUGGAUAAAAUAGCAUAUGCCCCAGCUGUUAUGCACCCAUGAAUUUCAACCGAGAGGCACUGCAUCCUUUGAGUCAAGUAUGCACCACUGAGCAAUAGCUAUAAGAACAGGUUACCAAGUGCUAUAGUUAUCAUUCAUUGAAAAUCAAGGGAUCAGGGGAAAUGUGUGAAAGAUGUAUUUGUCAGAGUGUUUUAUAUUUUCUGAAAGCUGUUGAACCUGUUUGAUGAUGAAUAUCUGUUGUUUUUUGGAUGUCAUGCCUAUGCCUGAUUAUGGCAAGAAAUAUUAACAUUUAAUUGUGGAAUAAAUGUGUUACUAUU